AUUAGCAGAUAGUUUGAAGUGAUAUUGCAUAACUUUGAACAAUUAGGAGAAUACAUUGCAUAAUUAACAUACUCCGCUUUAUGCUUAUACAGCGUAUAGUAUAUAGAUUAAAAAGUGUGUAAUUGUGGUAAACAAGUAUUAUGAGGAACGUAUAGUGAGAAAAGACUGAACAUUUUCUACAUUGUGUAUUUUUGUACAGGCAAAUCCUCGGUCAAAACUCGCUGCUGGAUUGUGUUGCUCAUCUCUUAGUUUAGACAGCUGUCACCUCGGACUUAAUGUCAUCGGUUUUAUUUUUAUUCUUUGCAAGACAUUUGCAAUAAAGUCUUCGUGUCUCACAAUGCCCAAAGGAGGUAAGAAAGGUGGCCACAAGGGUCGCAUGCGGACUUACACUAGUCCUGAGGAGAUCGACGCCCAGAUGAAGGCAGAGAAGGAGAGAAAAAAGGAUGAAGAAGAAAAUGGGGGUGCAGCUCAGACUGAAACACCAGAUGAGAAAUUACAAGCAUCAGGUUCAGAUGACAGUGACGAUGAAAGCUCCCAGAGAAAGAAGACAGGCGUGGAGGGCUUGAUAGAAAUUGAGAACCCCAACAGAAUCGCCCAGAAGUCCAAGAAAGUGACGCAAAUCGAGCUAGAUGAGCCCAAGCAGUUGUCGAGGAGAGAGAGAGAGGAGAUUGAGAAACUGAAAGCAAAGGAGCGCUACAUGAAGAUGCAUUUAGCGGGAAAAACAGACCAGGCCAAAGCUGAUCUUGCCCGCCUCGCCAUUAUCAGGAAACAGAGAGAGGAUGCGGCGAAAAAGAAAGAAGGGGAGAAAAAAGCGAAAGAAGCGAAAGAAGCAGCGGUGGCGGCAGCUAAAGGAUUAAACUCCCUCUCGCUGAAAUGAUAGAGUAUUUAUCGGAACCAUUUUCCCACCUCUAUGGACUUAUGCAAUAUAAAAAUUCACUAUUUUUUAAAAGAUGUGCUAUAAAGAGUAUUUGACUUCACAGACAGUGUUUUUUUUGGCAUGGAAUAAUCUCUACAUUGGUUCUAAGAAGUAAAGCUGCAGCUCGGAAUAACACAAUAUUCACAUACAAAUUGGAAUGAGACUAUUAUAUUGUACACAAUGUUAAUGCUGACAUAUUUAUUGUACAAUGUCUUCUCUGCUUUAUAAGCUUUGGCACUAUGUUUCUUUUUUGGUCUUACACUGUAUAUAACUGAGUCGUGAAAAGGUUUCUGAAUAAUAUGAUAAACCUGAAGAAACAUUUUA